AUGUUGAACCACAACUACUCAGCCUACGAAGACUUCAUCCAGGAUGCCGAGGACAUCAUCCAUCGCCUCCUGAUCAAGCUUCAGAGCCAAUUCCACAGGAUGAUCAAAAACAAUGUAUAUGGUAUGAUGGAGGAGCCAAAGGACAGAACAAUCUUUGCCUACUCCAACAGGAUGAACAGGAAGCAGGUAGUGACACUGCUCACUAUACUUAUCAAGUGUGCUAGUCACCUCUACUUUGCAACCCACAAACUAGGCCCAUUCCAUGAUCACUUCGACCUCAGAAAACAGAUGAGGGCAUGCAUCAACUUCCUCAUCACUAACCAAGACAGUGAUGCCUCUUGCAUUUUAGACCUCAAAAUUGAGAGCAACAAGGCCAGCACUUCGACAGGCAACAUGCCUUACUACCAUGUUGCUGACAUCAGUCAGCAUGACACUCAAGAUGUCAUGUCAUCAGGCAGUGAGGCCCAACAUACUGAGACAUCUGAAAAACCUCUUGGUGGAGAAACAACUCCUGACAAACCCCUCCACAGCCAAGUUGCCACACCCACCACAAUGCCAGAGCUGAUGCAGCUGACAAACCACCACCUCAAGGUGUUAACUGGCCUUAGCGACAAACUAAAAUGGGAUGAAAAAGACUUACUUGACCCUAAAAGAGUUUUGGUAACGACAUUUGCUGAUGCAGACUCCUUGCUACAUUCCAUUAUCAUGGGCAGCUUUUCCCCACAGCUACAGUCAGAAUACUUCUUGGAAUGGGGUGAUAGACCUAUUGAGAUCUCAGUUGACCUCUAUGACUGGGCUAUCAAUAAGUGUAGGAUACACUCCGAUUCCAAGGAAUACAAGCUUCUCAAGGCAAUGUAUGCCCUCAAAUGGGAUCAAGUAGGGAGCUGGGCAUACAACUUCCUCACUAGGUGGGAAGUGCAUGUCUCUGAGCUGCAUGCUUACUUGACCAAGCCCUGGACACUGACUCAACAAUAUAAGACUCUGAAGCAAGCACUCCCAGGUGAUAGGAACAGGCUGUUCAACCUGAUUUUUGUACUUUAUGAAACAUUAAUUGAAGAGCAUACAACCUUAAGUGUUGCCAAUGUCCUGUGCAAGUGCUACAGGUUAGCAGCCAACAGUGCCCCUGUUUGCCUCUCCAACACUGCCAACAACAUUGAUUUGAAUGUGCUAUGA